GCCCCGACUCUCUGCCCGGCAGCGGGACGGACUGGCGGCGGGCCGGCUGCGCUGCGCCGGGCUGGGCUCGGCGGCCCCCGCCCCCGCCGCCGCCACCGCCACCGCCGCCGCAUCGCGGAGAAGAACUUGCCGCGGGGCCGGAGCCGGGGCACGUAGGCGCGGACCCUGAGCCUGCAGCAGGUGUGUACGGACUCCCCCCUCCAGGCGAGUGGAUUUCCGGCCGGCUCCCGUGGCCGGGGGUGCCCAGGACCGGCCGCAGGGUCAGCGGGGGCGGCCGCGUCGGCGAUGGACAUUGCAGCGUCCAGGAUGAGGGGAGCCUGCGCCACCUCCUCCGAGAGUGGAUGCCGCGCCAUCUCCUUUGCCAGCCUCCCGAGUCAGCCGUCGGCCUUCGGCAUCCACCAUGGUUUUUGGUGAGUUCUUCCACACACCCGGACAAGAGGAGGAACUGGUGAACCUGAAUGUUGGGGGCUUUAGGCAGUCUGUUGGCCAGAGCACCCUCCUGCGCUUUCCUCAUACCAGACUGGGGCGCUUACUCACCUGCCACUCCGAGGAAGCCAUCCUGGAGCUCUGCGAUGACUAUAGUGUGGCAGAGAAGGAGUAUUACUUUGACCGAAACCCAUCGUUGUUCCGCUACGUCUUGAAUUUCUACUAUACGGGCAAGCUUCACGUCAUGGAGGAGCUCUGCGUGUUCUCCUUUUGCCAGGAGAUCGAGUACUGGGGCAUCAACGAGCUCUUCAUCGACUCCUGCUGCAGUAACCGCUACCAAGAGCGAAAAGACGAUAACCCCAACAAGGACUGGGACCAGAAGAGCAACGACGGGAGUACGGACUCUUCCUUCGAGGAGUCCUCCAUCUUUGAGAAAGAGCUGGAGAAGUUCGACACCAUGCGCUUUGGCAAUCUCCGGAAGAAGAUCUGGAUCAGGAUGGAAAACCCCGCCUCCUGUCUGUCAGCUAAGCUCAUAGCGAUCUCCUCCUUGAGUGUCGUGUUGGCAUCCAUCGUGGCGAUGUGUGUCCACAGCAUGGCGGAGUUCCAGAAAACAGAGGAUGGGGUAGAAAACCCCGUCCUGGAAGCGGUGGAAAUCACGUGCAUCAUCUGGUUCACAGGCGAGUUAGCCAUCAGGCUGGUAGCUGCUCCUUGCCAAAAGAAGUUCUGGAAGAGCCCACUGAACAUCAUUGACUUUGUCUCCAUCAUUCCCUUCUAUGCCACGUUGGCUGUGGACACCAAGAAUGAAGACAGCGAAGAUAUCGAGAAUGUGGGGAAGGUGGUUCAGAUCCUGAGGCUCAUGAGGAUCUUCCGCAUCCUGAAGCUGGCCCGGCAUUCCGUUGGGCUCCGGUCUCUCGGAGCCACGCUGAGGCACAGCUAUCACGAAGUCGGCCUCCUUCUCCUCUUCCUGUCAGUGGGAAUCUCCAUCUUUUCUGUGCUCGUCUACUCUGUGGAAAAAGAUGAUGCCCAGUCGGGGCUUACCAGCAUCCCUAUCUGCUGGUGGUGGGCCACCAUCAGCAUGACAACGGUGGGCUACGGAGACACCCACCCCGUCACGUUGGUGGGGAAACUCCUCGGGAGCACGUGCAUCAUUUGUGGGAUCCUGGUGGUGGCCCUGCCCAUCACGAUCAUCUUCAACAAGUUUUCCAAGUAUUACCAGAGACAGAAGGAUGUCGAUGUGGACCACGGCAGCAGCGACGAAGCGCCGGAGGGCUGUAACGAGCUGCCCUACUUCAACAUUAGGGAUAUUUAUGCCAAGCGCGUACAUUCCUUUAUUUCUAGCCUUUCUUCUGCAGGGAUUGUAGCGAGUGAGCAGGACGCCACAGAUGCAUCUAGUAUCGAUGAGGCCGAGGACAUUUAUGACACGGUGUCCUUAGAGAAUGACACAGCCAAGUGAUGCAUUCCAGAGACGUCCCUUAUGGGUGGGGAAGUCAGGAGAUUUUGCUUCCUGCUAGCUGUGUGACCUUGGGCAAGUCACUUGUUUGCCAGGAGCCUCAGUUUCCCUCUUUAUCGGAGUGGGAGAGUUGGGUUCCCUCUUUGAGAUCCCUUCCAGCUGUGAUGUCCUAGGAGCUCUGGGGCUCUGGUAAGGGUCUUGCCUUUGGUUUGGUUGGGCUCUUGCUACCAUUCUCCCAACGUUUAGCCACUCCAACCUUCUAGCCUUCGGCACAUUGGUUCAGAUCACUAAUUCUCAGGGUGAACCUUCCGGCCACGGUUAGACAAUCAUUGCUCGGAAUUCAUAGCUCAGGCUUUAUUUUUUUUCUCAAGGAGGCUGAAGAAGAUGCCUGAUUCAGCAAUUUAUUUUGUACAUAGCGUCCAUGAUGCCGUUUGAGAGGAGAGGAAGAGGUUCUAGGCCAGCCGAUACCUGCAACCGGCAUGCAGGGGAUGCCCUUCCUCAUGGGCUGGGGAGCACCCAGGGUCCUGACGGGGGAACCGCUGGUGUGUGACACGGGGUGCAGGCAGCGACAGAUCAUACGUGCAUGUCAAAGCCGCCAAGUGAGAACAGUGCAUGUGCAUUCGAGUUCACACGCUAACCUUGGAGAUCCGGAAACUAAUAAAUGUCCUGUGUCCGUGCACAGA